AGAAAGAUACAUUAACUGUGUGCCCUAUAAGACAGACAUUAACAAUCUGCAGCGCAGUGGGUCCCCUGGACCAGAGUUGAGAACCGGUGUGGGUGUGGUUUACAAGCCAGAUGGUGUAAUAUCCUCGUAUUCUGCUGGAGGUUGGUGAAUGUACAGCAAUGAAAGACAUCAGGGUUGGUAAAGAGUCUGGAAGAGGAUCAUAGUAUUUAAACCUUUAAGCACUCAGAUUCUCGCUGUCAGCAAUAUUAGUCGAUGCUGAUUCCUUGUGGCUCGGGUCUGUCUGUCUCUGAGGUAUUAGAGGCAUCUAAUGCAUCUACACCCCCAGUAACCUGUGCAUCUGCCAAGCUGAGAGGACGCUGGCACCAUGAACAAGCUUAAAGGCAGGAGGCAAAGCCUUUUCCCUAACUAUAAACUUGGGGUCACAUUUCUUGCUCCCAAGGAUCCAGAGGACUCUGAGCUUCCUUUCGGUCAACACAACUGGGUAAAACCAUGGAAUUCGAUGCAGGAAUUAAGUAAGGAUAUAUAUGACAUCUAUGCAGAGUAUUAUGACGAAGAAGAGGAUAGACUAAUGUCGACUCCUAGUAAACUUUCCUCUCAAAAUAAAAAUUACAUGCUGAACAUCAACGUUGGAGGAAAGGUCUACCAGAUCUCUUACAGGGUAGCAGCAAAAUAUCCCAAGACAAGAAUUGGACGACUAGCGACGUAUACGGACCACAACAGGAAACUCGAUCUCUGUGAUGAUUACACGGUCCAGAACAAUGAGUUUUUCUUUGACAGGGAUCCAGACAUCUUCCACAACAUCUUCAACUUCUAUAGGACUGGAGUUCUCUGGAUUAAAGAUGAAUUGUGCCCACGCAAUUUUUUGGAGGAGAUCAACUACUGGGGUGUUCGUAUCAAGAACACCCAUCGCUGCUGCCGCAUUUCGUUCGAGGAACGGCAAGAUGAACUCAACGAACAGCUGAAGAUACAACGGGAACUCGAGGCAGAGGUGGAAACUGAGGAGCAUGAGGACUUGUUUCAGGAUAUGGCUUUCGGUCAUACACGUUUCCUCAUCUGGAACAUGAUGGAGAAGCCCUUCUCUUCAGUCAUAGCCAAACUCAUGGCAGUGGCAUCCAGUUUCUUCGUGCUGGUAUCUCUCGUGGCUAUGACUCUCAAUACGGUAGAGGGAAUGCAAUAUAAGACGACCACCGGCCAGCUGAGCGGGAAGACCUACUGCGAGUAUGUUGAGACUUUGUGCAUUGCGUUUUUUACGAUGGAAUAUCUGCUCCGGCUGGUGUCCACACCUGAUCUCAAACACUUUGCAAGGAGCGUACUAAAUGCUGUGGACCUGAUUGCAAUCCUUCCAUUAUAUCUUCAGAUGGCCCUAGAGUGUUUCGAGAAUGAAGACUAUGGGAAGCAUGGUAGUGAUAUUGAGACUGUAGGACGGGUUGGUAAAGUGGGGCAAGUCCUCCGCAUCAUGCGUCUCAUGAGAAUAUUUCGUAUCCUAAAACUAGCACGUCACUCAACUGGACUUCGAGCCUUUGGCUUCACACUCCGGCAAUGCUACCAACAAGUGGGCUGUCUUUUCCUCUUCAUUGCAAUGGGAAUUUUCACCUUCUCUGCCAUGGUGUAUACCGUAGAGCAUGAUAUGCCUCAAACAAACUUCACCAGUAUUCCACAUGCAUGGUGGUGGGCAGCUGUGAGCAUCUCCACUGUGGGCUAUGGCGACAUGUUUCCAGAGACCGCUCUGGGCAGGAUUUUUGCAUUUGCAUGCAUCUCGUUUGGAAUUAUUCUCAACGGCAUGCCAAUCUCCAUCCUGUUCAAUAAAUUCUCAGACUACUAUUCAAAGCUGAAAGCCUAUGAAUACACCUCCUCUCUAAAGAAUCGCGGGAAAGUGAGGUUUGUGAAAAGGGCUGCAAAGAAGUUUUCCGAAUGUUUUUAGGUUGCCAGGUGCUGACCUACUCUUUCCACAAGUGGACUGAUUUUUAAUUCAUGGACUUCUAAAAAAAAUUCAUACUGACUAGACCAAUUUAGUUACAGUCUUCAAACAAAUUAGCCACUGCUUGCUUUUGUACUGCUGGAUACAAUCAUAUUUAGGAACUUUUGUACUAUAAACAAAAGUAAAAAAAAUUUUAAACGAAUCAAUGCAUUUAGGUUGCCCUAACAAGGAUGCCAUUAAUAAAUACUUGCCUUGGCACAACAAUAACAAUUUAAUUGUACGAGAUCAUUUGUUUAGUGCUAUUACUUUAUGGAUUUUUUUUUUUUUUUUUUUUUUUUACAGUGUCAUUAAAAAUAUAACCAUUGCUAAUAUUAUGGGUAAUGUUAAAAGGAAGUUAUCCAGGGUAGACAAACACUACUUCAAAUAAUUAGUUGAAGGUUUUAACAUCCGGCUGAGCACAAGCUCAGUUUCAAUACUUAUAUAUAAUUUUGUAUAGACAUUUGUGAAGUUUUAAUAAAGAAAAGCCAAUUCAUGAUUUACAUCAACUGGUUUCCUGUGGAAGCUCUCUGAGCAGGACAGAUUGCAAAGAGAUUUCCUGUAAGAUUAAUUUCUGUAUUGGCAGGGCUAUUUUGCAAAAACAUACAGUGCUUUACAAGAAAUUAAGAACCGACAUCCUCACUAUAAUAGCUUUGUGUUAUGUAACAAUUACGCACCAUGCCCAAACUUGUUGACUUAAUAAAAGGUGGCCAUUGUGACAUCCAUAAGAAUGUAA